AUGCCGCUGGAGAAACGGGAGUGCCGCUGGAGAAACCGGGAGUGCCGCUGGAAAAGCCGGGAAUUACCGCUGGAAAAGCCGGGAAUUGCCGCUGGAAAAGCCCCCCAGGAAUUCCCAGGGAUUCCCAGGAGCUCCCUGACCCUCCUCCCGCUGUUCUUUCCCCAGGACAUCCGGAACACGGUGGGGAACAUUCCCAUGGAAUGGUACCAGGAUUUCCCGCACGUCGGCUACGACCUGGACGGGAGGAGGAUCUACAAACCCCUGCGGAGCAAGGACGAGCUGGACCUGUUCCUGGAGAAGAUGGAAAACCCGGAAUACUGGCGCACGGUGCAGGACAGACAGACGGGCGCCGAUGUCCGUCUGUCCGAGGAGCAGCUGCAGCUGGUGCAGCGCCUGCAGCGGGGACAGUUCGGGGACGUCGCCUUCGACCCCUACGAGCCGUCCGUGGAUUUCUUCAGCCACGAGGUGCGGAUCCACCCGGUGACCAACCGGCCCCAGGACAAACGGAGCUUCAUCCCCUCCCUGGUGGAGAAGGAGAAGGUGUCCAAGCUGGUCCACGCCAUCAAGAUGGGCUGGAUCCAGCCCCGCAAGCCCAAGGAGAACGUUCCCACCUUUUACGACCUGUGGGCCCAGGAGGAUCCCAACUCCAUCCUGGGGAGGCACAAGAUGCACGUCCCCGCUCCCAAAAUCCCGCUGCCGGGCCACGAGGAAUCCUACAACCCGCCCCCGGAGUUCCUGCCCAGCCCCGAGGAGAAGCUGGCCUGGGAGCAGCAGGAUCCGGCCGAGCGCCGCCGGAACUUCCUCCCGCAGAAAUUCCGGAGCCUCCGCGCCGUCCCCGCCUAUUCCCGCUUCAUCCACGAGCGCUUCGAGCGCUGCCUCGACCUCUACCUGUGCCCCCGCCAGCGCAGGAUGCGGGUCAACGUGGAUCCCGAGGAUCUCAUUCCCAAACUUCCCCGGCCGCGGGAUCUGCAGCCCUUCCCGACCACACAGGCCCUGGUUUACCGCGGCCAUUCCGGGCUGGUGCGGACCCUGAGCGUGGCCCCCAGCGGGCAGUGGCUGGUGUCAGGCUCCGACGACGGCUCGCUGCGGUUCUGGGAGGUGAGCACCGCGCGCUGCCUCCGCUCCGUUCCCGUCGGCUCCGUGGUCAAGAGCGUGGCCUGGAACCCCAACCCCAGCAUCUGCCUGGUGGCCGUGGCCGUGGACGAGCAGGUGCUCCUGGUGAACCCGGGCCUCGGGGACCGGCUGCUGGUGGCAGCCACGGACCAGCUGCUGGAUUCCUGGGAGGCUCCGGAGGAGGAGCGGGUCCAGCCGGCGCGCUGGGUCCCGGCCGGGCCCGAGGAGCGCGGCAAGGGGAUCCGGCUGCGGGUGGAGCACGGCAAGCCAGUGACGCAGGUGACGUGGCACGGCAAGGGCGACUACUGGGCGUCGGUGGUGCGGAACCCCGGCAGCCGGCAGGUGCUGAUCCACCAGAGCAGCCGGCGCUGGAGCCAGGAUCCGUUCCGGAAGAGCCCCGGGAUGAUCCAGUGCGUGCAGUUCCACCCGCUCCGGCCCUACUUCCUGGUGGCCUCGCAGCGCUCGGUGCGCAUCUACAACCUGCUGCGCCAGGAGCUCACCAAGAAGCUGCAGAGCAACUGCCAGUGGAUCUCCAGCAUGGCCGUGCACCCCGGAGGGGAUAACGUGAUCUGCGGGAGCUACGACAGCAAACUGGCCUGGUUUGACCUGGACCUGUCCACGCGGCCCUACCGGCUGCUCCGUCACCACCGCCGUGCCCUGCGCUCCGUGGCGUUCCACCGCCGGUACCCGCUGUUCGCGUCCGGUUCCGACGACGGCACCGUCAUCGUCUGCCACGGGAUGGUGUACAGUGACCUGCUGCAGAACCCGCUGCUGGUGCCGCUCAAGGUGCUCAAGGGCCACGCGCCCGCGCUCGACCUGGGCGUGCUCGACGUCGCCUUCCACCCGCAGCAGCCCUGGCUCUUCUCCUCGGGCGCCGACGGCACCGUGCGCCUCUACACCUGAUCAACGGGCCAGGAUCCAAUGGAUCCAACGGGAUCCAACCGGGAUCCAACCAGAUCCAACCAGAUCCAACCUGAUCCAACCCCAUCCAAAGGGAUCCUUCCACCCGCAGCAGCCCUGGCUCUUCUCCUCAGGCGCCGACGGCACCGUGCGCCUCUACACCUGAUCAACGGGCCAGGAUCCACCGGGAUCCAACGGGAUCCAACGGGAUCCAACCCAACCCAACCCGAUCCAACCCGAUCCAACCCUAUCCAAAGGGAUCCUUCCACCCGCAGCAGCCCUGGCUCUUCUCCUCGGGCGCCGACGGCACCGUGCGCCUCUACACCUGAUCAACGGGCCGGGAUCCGGCUGGAUCCAACAGGAUCCAACGGGAUCCAACCAGGAUCCAACCCGAUCCAACCCGAUCCAACCCGAUCCAAAGGGAUCCUUCCACCCGCAGCAGCCCUGGCUCUUCUCCUCGGGCGCCGACGGCACCGUGCGCCUCUACACCUGAUCAACGCCCGGGAUCCAAUGGAUCCAACGGGAUCCAACGGGAUCCAACCAGAUCCAACCCAAUCCAACCCAACCCAACCCGAUCCAACCCAAUCCAAAGGGAUCCUUCCACCCGCAGCAGCCCUGGCUCUUCUCCUCGGGCGCCGACGGCACCGUGCGCCUCUACACCUGAUCAACACCCGGGAUCCAAUGGAUCCAAUGGAUCCAGCCGGGAUCCAACGGGAUCCAACCAGAUCCAACCCAAUCCAACCCAAUCCAAAGGGAUCCUUCCACCCGCAGCAGCCCUGGCUCUUCUCCUCGGGCGCCGACGGCACCGUGCGCCUCUACACCUGACCAACACCCGGGAUCCAACCGGGAUCCAACCGGGAUCCAACGGGAUCCAACCAGAUCCAACCCGAUCCAACCCAACCCAACCCGAUCCAAAGGGAUCCUUCCACCCGCAGCAGCCCUGGCUCUUCUCCUCGGGCACUGACGGCACCGUGCGCCUCUACACCUGAUCAACACCCGGGAUCCAAACGGAUCCAGCCGGAUCCAACCGGGAUCCAAAUGGAUCCAACGCCAUGGGAACUCACAGCCCUUAAUAAAGGAUUGUUUUGGAUACAGUACCGGGCUCUUGGUGUCCUGAAUUCCCCAAUAUUCCCAUUCCCUACACCUGACACUCCCGCCGGGAUCCAACGGGAUCCGGCCAGAUCCAAAUGGAUCCAAAGGGAUCCAACACCGUGGGAAUUCACGGCCCUCAAUAAAGGAUUGUUUUGGAUAUGG